CCUGAUUAGCUGUUCAACCAUUAAACUUCAAUUUUCUAGAUUUUCAAAUAAAAAAAUAAUAAUAAUAAAAAUGUUUUUAAUUUUAAUUAUUGGAUCAUUCGUUUUUCGAACAACAUUGGCUGAUUACAUGACUGACAGUCAGUUUUUUACAUGGAGAGGCAUAGUGCCAGGAAAAGACAUACGUCAAAAUAACAUAAAAAGUUUUGGCUCAACAGUUAGGAGUAGAAUUGACAUUAUGGGAAGUGCAACACAUUCUAAUAUUAUUCCAGCUCCAAUUAUGAUUAGAGCAAUGAAAAAUAGUAAUGUUAAAGGACAUCUGAUUAAACAAGAAAGUAGUUCAAAAAGAGGUGGACCAUCAUAUACAACAUACGGCGCUAUGAAUAUGUACAAUCCAACUGUUAUAACACUUGGACCAAAGGGUACCGUCAAGAGUGCUAUUAAAGCUUCUGAAUUAAAAUCUGGAUCCUAUGGAUCGUACAAAGGCUACAAUCCUACAGUAACAAUCGUUAGACCAUCUGAAAGCAACAAAAACUACAUUCCUGUUUCAUCUUUUAGAGGCACUAAUGAUCAUGGUUCGUCAAUUUUAUCAAAUACAAUACCACAUGAUACCAGUAGUUACAAUUCUGCGUCUUCAUCUGAAAGUGGGGGUUAUGGUUCCUCUCCUGCAACGGGAAGUGGUAUCAAUAGUUAUAAAUCUUCCAUUUCGGAAAGUGGUACCAAUAGUUAUGGUUCUUCAUCUUCAUCCGGUAGCAAUAAUUAUGGAACUGCAAUUUUGUCGGAAAGUGGUACAAAAAAUUAUGGAUCUUCAAUAUCAUCCGGUAGUGGUACAAAUAGUUAUGGAUCUUCUAUUUCCUCAGGAAGUGGUACCGUAAACUAUGGAUCUCCUAUUUCGUCCGCAAGUAGUACCAGCAGCUACAGUUCUCCAAUUUUAUCAGGAAGUGGCUAUGGUUCUUCAAUUCCAUCGGAAAGUAGUGCUGCUAACAAUUAUGGUUCUUCUAUUUCUUCAGGAGGAGAUGGUACCAGCAGUUAUGGUUCAUCAUCAUACAGUGGUACCAACAGUUAUGAAUCUCCUGUCUCGUCUGAAACGUCUCUAAGUGAUAGCAACAACUACGGUUCUUCUUAUGCUUCAUCAGACGCAUCAUACAGUGGUACCAAUAGUUAUGGUUCUCCUCUUUUAUCAUCUGCUAGUAAAACAUAUUCAUCUGCAGUAGCUGGUAAUUUUAAUCAACUUCCAAAUCAUUAUACUCAAGCUGCACCUAUUAGCCAUCAGCAUAUUGAAGUUACUAAACCUGUGACUGUUCCUGUUUUCAAGAACGUUGGUGUUCCAGUUCCACAACCUGUAGGAGUACAAGUUCCACAUCCAGUCGCUGUUAGUGUAACUCAACCUUAUCCCAUUCAUGUACCAGUUUCUCAACCGGUUCCAGUACCAGUGAUAAGAACUAUAGCAGUUCCCGUUGAAAAGAAGGUUCCAUUUCCAGUGGAAAAAAUUGUCCCCUAUCCAGUCGAAAAACAUAUUCCAUAUACAAUUGAAAAAAAUAUUCCAGUACCGGUGGAAAAACCAUAUCCAAUUCAUGUUCCAGUUUAUAAACAUAUUUAUCAUCGGCACAGAGGUCAUGGUCAUCAUUGGGGCAUUUUUCUCUGCUGUCUGAGUUUGGCAGCAGCGUAUCCAAUUACAAUAACUGAAUUUGCGGGAAGAUAUUAUCUACCAUUUUUCAAUAAUUAUCAAAAAAUUGAAAGAUCCGAUAGUUAUGCGGCUGCUACUGAAAAUGGAGAUUAUGGUGGUGGUGAUGUAACAGGAACAGAAGCGCACUAUCUUUCUGGUGACAAUACUGGAGUACAUGUGGAACCAAGUGGUUAUGAAGGACAACAGGAUUAUUCUUCAUAUUCUGAUUUUGGCAAUUAUCAUGGAGGAAAUGAUGAUUCUUCUCAUGGAUUCGAAGAUCAUGGGAAUAAUUAUGUUCACAGUGUUCCUGUGUCUGAACAUGUUGAGGUGACAAAACCAAUUGCCAUUCCUGUUUAUAAAGAUAUUGGAAUACCAGUUCCUCAGCCAGUGAAGAUCAAUGUUCCUCAUCCAGUGGCAGUUGGUGUUAAUCAACCUUAUCCAGUUGCAGUUCCUGUUGCGAGGCCAGUUCCCAUUCAAAUUAUAAAAACUAUAGCUGUACCUGUGGAGAAAAAAGUUCCAUAUCCUGUAGAAAAACAUAUCCCUGUUCCUGUUGAGAAACCUGUACCAAUAACAAUUGAAAAACAUAUUCCUGUACCACUUGUGAAACCUUAUCCAAUCAAAAUUCCCAUUUACAAAACUAUUUAUCAUCAUGCCAAGGGCCAUAGUCACGUUCACAUAUAUUUGCCAUUCGUUGACAUUGUCAAAAUUAUGAUGAGUAAAAUAAUACUAAUAAUUGCUGCUGUUACUAGUACUUGUUGGGGUUCAGAAUGGCAGUUAAAUGGACAUGGAAGUGGUUUGACCUUAGGAGAAAUUUCAUUAGAUGGCCUUGAUCAUGAAUUACCAGCAAUAACUCUAGGAUCAGGACACGACAGUCUGGGUUUUAAUAGCAAUGGUUGGGAUUCAAGUAUCUCUAUUGGUCACCAUGGUCAACACGUAAUACCUGUAGUCAAGGAAAUUGGCGUUCCAAUAGUCAAGCAAGUUGAAUUUAAAGUUCCUCAACCAGAAAUACAAUCAAUUCCUCAACCAUAUCCAGUGCCUAUUUUUGUAUCAAAACCCGUUCCUUACGAGGUCAUCAAACACGAGGUGAAAAAAGUGGAGAACAAAGUUCCAGUAAAAGUGGAAAAAAUUAUUCCAUACAAAGUGGAAAAGCCGGUACCAUUUACAAUUAUAAAAUCAGUACCUGUCCCAGUGGAAAAGCCUUUUCCAAUUAAAAUUCCCGUAUAUAAAACAAUUGUUCAUAAACAUCAUAAAAAGUAAAUAUUAAAUUGCAUAAUAUCAUCUCUGUAACUUUUAAGCGCAAUAAAAUAAUGUAUUCGAACAGGAA